AUGUUUGGGCACAUGCCAAAAACGUCCAUGACCGCGACGCGGAAGUUCGACCGGCCCGCCAACGAGGUCCUGCGUUCCGCGACCAUGCCGAAAUAUUACACAUCGGUGUCGUUUGGUCGGUUGCUGUCGUUGGCCGGGCGCCGACUGCGCCUGAGGGUGGCCCACUUCCACUCGGUGCUCGGUGCUAUCAUCAACAACAGCGGUCUCAUCUUGGCCCCCAAUCUGCAGCAGGAACAGAUUGCCGUUUUUCACGCACUGGGCCUGGUUCCCAUCCGCCAGCAUUUUGGUCCCAUGCUCCCGAUUCCGGGCGAUCUACGACGACUCGUUCUGUUGGUCCCCAAGUCCGGCCUCAGCCUCUUGCGCGAGUUCACUCAGCCCGAGUUGUACCUGGCGCUAGCAGGAACUCUAGAGCCCUUCGAAAACUUCUUUGUCAGCGUGCACACAGCGUUUGUGCGAGUACGCCGAGGGAGCAAGUACCGCGGCCAAGAGGAUCUUGACGGCUGGCGCUCCUUGAACAGCCAUCUCAUGGUUCGGGAUACGCGGGAGCAAGCCCCGGAAGCAGAGCUCAUGGUCUCCGCCAUGGUGCCCAGCUUCGCGCUAAUGAUGGCGCCUCCAGCUUUCACCGAGCUGCAGCUGCGGCCUCGAGACGGCAUCGAGAUGUAUCGAGCUCCGAAGGACGUCUUGAGGAGGCUUGGCGGAUAUUUCAACAAGCACUUCUUCAAGGCCACCCUAGGCAACGCCGACAAGACGGCGGUCCUCAUUCCUGGUGCAACCGGUGGUAUCUUGCACGGUGGCGUGUCAACCCGACGCUUCUCGUGCCCCGAUCGUGUUGCUUGCCCCGACCGAGACUUGUUGCGACCGUCGCCCCGGACGGGAAGAUGCCUAAGUAAAGCGGUCGACACGCACCGCUUCAUGCACGGCGAUGCUGCAAUCGACCAGACGGUGGAGCUCGUCGAACAGGCCGGAAGCAACAGUGGGGACGCCCGGCUGGUGUACAGGGUAACACUGGUCAUGGCUAACGACGAGGCACGCGAGGGCCUUGCGGCAGGCGGGGCACCAGUACUCGAGACGUUGCAUGAUCCUUGCUCUGUGCAGGUGGCGCUGGGGGAAGGGCUGAGCCACGCCGUCAGUCUGCCAUUUCCGAUCGAGCGAAGGCGUGUGCAAAGGGAGUACAGCAAGCGCCAGGGAUACGUGAUUUACACCGUACCCCCCAUCAGGCUGCCCCUCAAUCUUCCGUUGGCUUGGAUCGGGCUCGACAUCAAAGGAGUAGGAAGGGCGGUUCUGCCGUCGAUGCCUUCUUGGUCUCCCGCCGUUCCUCUUUCAUCUCUGCCGAGGCUGGACUUCCAGGCUGAGUGGGCCCACGAAAAGGUCAUGGGCGGCUUCUCGUUCACCCCAGCGGAAAGGUCCAUGCGGGAGGGGCUCCCCACGCCUAACUCAGAGAUCAUCGAUCCGGUGAUCCUUGGGCUGAAGGAGGAGAUUCUCGCCAUCAUUUCCACGGCCUGCGACCAUCAUGAAGAAGCCCACGCCUCAUCAUGGAAGCACCCCUGGAUGUGCAUCACAGAAAACAGACGGGAUGACGAACCCGCUCUGUGGGUGUGGGUGAAUGAGAUUCUCCUGGACUCCACAAACGAGGCCCUCAUUCUCGACUGCUGCGUGAUGCUGGCGGACAGGAUGGACAGCGCAGCGUCCAUCCAGUUAGGCACCGCCCUGGAACUGGAAGAAAUCCAAGGACGCGGUGCCGGUAUCCGCUUCUCAAAGGCGGUUUCUGGGGAAGUGGCUCUGUGGGGGUCAUUGCUCCCUGCGGCCGUCGAACGCGCCCGGCAAACUUACGCCCACACCGCCGACUGCAUAUACUCGACGCCGGGCUAUUCCGGCCGGACCCUUUGCAGCUGUGGAAUGGGCAAAGACCUACCUCCGGGGUUCGUCGAAUCCAUGCGCUCAGCGAAGGCACCGGGACUCGUGCCGUUGCACACAUGCUUCCACAGGGCGGCGUUGUCGCCGCUGUUCCCGGCCCACGAGAAGCUCUCCACUCAAUUUCCCGCAUCAGGGACCGCCGCCGACGGAUCGAGGAAGUGUGCUCAAUGUGGCAAAAGCGGCAAGCCCCUUCAGUGUUCCCGCUGCCGCAAGGUAGCCUACUGCUCGAAGGAAUGCCAGCGCCGAGACUGGAAGAGCCACAAGCCUUCCUGCCGCGAAUGGAGCAAGUAG